AAGCGAGAAAUCAAACCGUUCGUGAUUCGUGAAGGCCUCAACUCUCCUUUCCUCUCGUGGGCGAUCGACUCUCUCCUGCGGCGGCGGCGGCGAUCAACGUCGACGACUACGGCCCACGAUUCUCCUUCGAAGCGCGAAUCAUGAUACAUUUUGUGCUCCUUAUCAGCAGGCAGGGGAAGGUGAGGCUGACGAAAUGGUACACUCCAUACCCACAGAAGCAGAGAUCCAAGAUCAUCAAAGAGAUUAGUACGCUCGUCCUGACAAGAGGCCCCAAGCUGUGCAAUUUUGUCGACUGGCAAGGUUACAGAGUUGUGUACAAGAGGUAUGCUAGCCUUUACUUCUGCAUGUGCAUUGACCCCGCUGACAAUGAACUGGAAACCCUUCAGAUCAUCCAUCACUAUGUUGAGAUAUUGGACCGCUACUUUGGCAAUGUCUGUGAGCUUGAUCUGAUAUUCAAUUUUCAUAAGGCGUACUUUAUAUUGGACGAAAUUUUGAUUGCUGGUGAGCUUCAAGAAUCAAACAAGAAAUCGGUGCUACGUCUAGUAACUACACAGGACGCUUUGGUGGAAGCCGCAAAGGAGGAGGCAGGCUCGUUGAGGAACAUAAUUGCACAGGCUACCAAGUAGAGCACUCGUGUCUUCUACAAUGAUUACUCACACCCCCACGGCAUGAUAGUAGCUUAAUCACUACCUUACGGGGCAGCAGCUUUUACCCCUGAUUUUUCCUCAAUAGUUUAUCCCCUCUUCCAUCUCUGCAUUUUGUUCAGAGGUCUGUUCUGUUCUGUCACUCUCUCUCUCUCUAUCUCUCUUGUUUUCCCACUGUACCACCUGUUUCGAGGGAAUGUGUUGUUUCUGCUCUUUUGCAUGCACAACGUUGUAUACGGAAUAAAAUAAUGCAAUGUUUUGGUUCCCA